GUAAGGCCCAGUCCUCCCAGCAAGACUAGCGCCCGGGGAGAGGAGCUCCCCGGCUGCUGGGCCUGUGGCGCGCACCCGGCAGAUGCGCGUGGCUCUUUCAUUGGCCACGUGGCACCUGCUGUUGGUGUCGUGAAGGACCGUGACACGCGGGCAGGGGUAGCGCCAGCCGUGACAAUGAUGAGGACACGUAUAAGAGCGCAGCUAUCUGGGUUUGAGAUGGAGCUGGUGAGGGAGAUACAACAUGGAGAUACGCCCUUUCACACUGAUGAUGACAUCUGUCAUGGAGAGGAUAAUGGGCAAGAUGAGGUGGAUGUGGUCAAUUACUUUGCAAAUCUUUGCGCAGUCUACGUGGAUGGGGUAAGCGGUGAUGAUGAGCAGGUUCAAGAAGACGUCGUCGGCUGCGAAACUGGCGGGAUGUACUUUGCAACCAUCAAUUCGGUAGGGCUGAUGACUACGGCUGAGAUGGGCGAGAUGGGAGAGAACGACGUCAGCAACAACAACAACAACGCGGGUGUGGGGGUGGGGGAGGUAGGGCUGAUGACUACAGCUGAGAUGGACGAGACGGGAGAGAAUGACGUCAGCAACAGCAACAACAACAACAACAACAACAACAACAACAACAACGACAACAACAACAACAAUGAUGGUGGUAAUAACGAGAUGGUUGAGAUGGGAGAGAACGAUCACAACAUCAACAACAACAGUAAUAACAACAACAACGGUGAGCAGGGAUGGGGGGCGAGGGGCGAGGAGGGUGAGAAGAAUGACAUUGACAACAACAACGACGGUGAUAACAACAACAACAACAACAACAGCCAUAGCAAUAAUAGCAACAAGAACAACAACAAUCACGAUAACGACGGCGGUGACAACCGAGGGAGCAGUGGGGCGGCGAGUGGGAUUUGUGUAUCCAAGCUCCCUAUUAGCUUCAUGAGAAAGAUGUCGCCAUUGGCAGAGUGGGGGGGAUUCUGUAGCUUCUUGAGAAGGACAAAGUGGGGUUUGAGGUUGAAGGGUAGUACUGCUGACCAGGAUAGAUCGUGGCGUCCUGGUUUGGAGCAGAGGAUGCAGAAGAGGAAAAGAGAGUUUGAGAAGCUGGAGGAGGACCUCCAGGCCGCGAAACGAAUUGGAGUUCCCAUGGACGAGGGUGCGGGUAAGGCGGAGAUCGAUAAGGUUUUGUCAAGAACGGACCAGAAGACGUUAGGCGGCAUGGUGUCUGGUCGAAAGUGGAAGGUGGCAGCAACUACGCGGACCUCAGCAUUGGGCAGAUCAAAGCCGUUGCAGACGUCAUGGGACGAGAAGAUGCGCCAAAAGGAUGUGAAGAAGAUGUUCCAGGAACGGAAGUCAGCGCUGAAGGAAGAUAUCCGCAGCAGAAAGCAGGAGAAGCGGCGAAAGAAGAGGAGUUCAUGAAAAGAAAGGAGGAGCACACACUCAAAAGCACCCCUGUCCAGAAGAUUUCAAAUCCGAAGACAAUUAAGAAGAUGAUGAAGUCCAAGAACAAGCGAAAACAGCUCCAGAAAGUCGCAGAGUGAUGGUGCUGUGACGGGCAGACAAGAAUGGAAAUUCCCAGCGUCUCUCGUCAUGCCUGCUCCAUGCUAAAAACUCCGUAGAUUAAAAAAAAACAGAUCUUCUUUUACGACACCUGUAACUUUGCUAUGCCAUGUGGAUUGGGAAAAGCAAAUGGAAAAAAGGCUUUGUAAACAAAAAAGGACUUUUCAA